AUGGGGAUAAAUACUUUCAAACCGGACAUCCGGUUUCAUCAAAAUACUAAUAUCAACUUGACAUUUGUUCUACCUUUUCGAUUUACUAUUCACUAAUAUUCUAUUACACCACACUAA